AUGGAUGAAACGAAGGAUAUCGUCGUUGUGGAUAUUGAUAAUUUCAGAAAUACUGAAAGAAGCAUAUCUCCUGAAGAAGUCGCUAAGGAAACUAUGGCUAAGGGCAAAGUAACUGUUGUGCUUGGAGCACAAUGGGGUGAUGAAGGAAAAGGAAAAGUUGUUGACAUGCUUGCUGCUGACGCUGAUAUAGUAUGCCGGUGUCAGGGUGGAAAUAAUGCAGGUCACACAGUAGUUGUGAACGGUGAACAAUUCUUUUUCCAUCUACUACCUAGUGGGAUUAUCAAUCCCAAAUGCAAAUCCAUUUUAGGUAAUGGUGUGGUGAUUCAUAUACCCGGCUUGUUCAAAGAAUUGGAGCAAAAUGAAGCUAAAGGUCUGAAAGACUGGAAAAAUCGACUUAUUAUAUCUGAUCGUGCCCAUAUUGUCUUCGAUUUUCAUCAACAAGUUGAUGGUAUGCAAGAAUUAGAAAAAGGAUCGCAGUCAUUGGGAACUACCAAAAAAGGAAUUGGUCCAACUUAUUCCAACAAAACUACCAGAAACGGUCUACGAAUUGGUGACUUGAUGGGCGACUUUGACAAGUUUUCCGAGAAAUUCAAUACUCUUGUUGAAACGUAUCGAAGAAUGUUCCCAUUCUUGCAUGUCGAUAUAAAAUCAGAAUUGGAGCGCUAUAAAGGAUAUGCUGAACGAAUAAGGCCGCUUGUGAAAGAAACGGUUCACUAUUUACAUACUGCGCUAAAAAAUGAUGAAAAUGUUUUGGUUGAAGGAGCUAACGCGGCAAUGUUAGACAUUGACUUUGGCACCUAUCCCUACGUAACAAGCUCUAAUUGUAGUAUUGGUGGUGUUUGUACGGGUCUUGGUUUACCACCAUCAACUAUUGACCAAGUGAUUGGUGUUAUUAAGGCCUACACCACAAGAGUUGGUGAUGGUCCUUUCCCAACAGAAUUAACAGAUUCUACGGGAGAAUUAUUACAAUCGCGUGGUCAUGAAGUAGGUGUAACAACAAAACGCAAAAGACGUUGCGGUUGGCUCGAUUUGGCACAGUUGAAGUUCACCAACAUGGUCAAUGGGUACACAUGUGUCUGCUUGACAAAACUAGAUAUUCUGGACACAUUGCCAGAGUUGAAAGUAUGUGUUGGCUAUCGAUGCGACGGAAAAGAAAUCGAUUAUUUUCCGAGUACUGCUUCUGAAUUGGCCAAAGUUGAGCCUAUUUACGUAACACUUGAAGGUUGGAACUCAAAAACUGAAAGUGUACGUUCAAUAGAUCAAUUACCGGUCAAUGCACGGAAAUAUGUUGAAUUAAUUGAACAGAAAUUAAACGUUCGAGUCGGGUGGGUUGGUGUUGGUGCAGGUCGUGAAAGUGUUAUCCCUUGCGGUCUUGCAACCACCAGUAUUUAG